AUGGUAACCGGCGUAAACAACGUCCUCUGCAGGACUGAGGUAAAGGCGCAACCAAACAGCGAUGGCUUUCUGCAACACUGGGUAUUUCGAGCAGAUUGAAAAAAUGCAAAAGGACAUACACGAAAGGGAAAAGAGGAGACACGAGCUUGAAGAAAAACUGUUUGCUUACUUGAGAUCAGAGGAAAGACUGACUAAGAUAAAGUGUGCCAAGAUGCGCUGCUAUUACAAGGAGCUGCAUGACAGAGAGCAGCAAGCAAAGACACGCAACCUUGAGCUUCUUGGGAAUGUCGAGAGCCUGGCAGGAAAAUUUAAAGAAUUCUCCAUUGAUUGUAGCAGGCUGCUUCAAAAGAGGAUUGACUACAAGAAUCACAUUACCAGGCUGAAGAAAGGCAGGAAGAGAAUGGAGAGCAGGGGGGAAUCAGAAGCGAAUGAGGAUUCAAGCAAGUUCCUUCUCCCCACAACAUGUGUACCGUCACAGACAACGGACAUCUUCAUGGGUCACUUGACUCCCAAAAAAUCAAGAGAAGAUGGCGUCAUAACCACAAGGUCACCAUCUUGGACAGAGCUCAAACCUAAUCACGCUUCACUCUCUCCUCCUCAAAGUCUUCUUCAAAGUGCCGUUUUAAUGCAACCCCAUGUUUCAAAAGCCAAAGACGCUGCUGACUUAUCCGGUGACAUUAUAAACUCAGGUGAUUGCCUUGAGGGGGGACGUAUGGGUGACGUGCAGCAGAUGGAGUCUGAUUCUGACAUCUCUCAGAGGGAAGGAAAGUCCUGCAGACGGGAGGAUCUCAAUUCGGCUCGUGCAGCCUUAAAGGAAGCUGAAGUGUCCUCUCGAUCUGUGACCUUGAAGAGGCCUGCAGCCGUUGUGUCAUUAGAGCCGUGUCCGACCCACAGUCCUUCACCGGAUACUACUGAUCCGAGAGAUUCCUCUCAAUACGGAAGUUCUAGAGGUGAGGAUGAGCCACUGUCUGCGGAGGAUGAAAGUGAAUGGGCGAUAGGACAUCAAAAUCUUUCAGAUCUCGCUAAAAGCAGACAUCCCAGCAUUCCCAGUCCAGCUGUUGAAAGUAGACCAGAUCCCUCAGUGCAUAAAGAGAGUGAUAUUUCAGUUUUAUCAUCUGAAAGGUACCAGAGGGAUCACACCUUAAGAGAUGAUACAGUUAACAGGGAUAGUGCAUUACUUAUUCAAAGCAACAAUGGCACACAGGAGCAGUUUGGAAGACCUGAUCCUCUCGAACCUUCCGAAAGGCUCUCCUUGGAAGGAUUGUGUAAUCUUCUAGACAGCAUUGAGCGACGUCUCGCUGCUAAAGAUAUGAGCAUCUACCAGAGCUGCACAGUCAGUGAACAGAAACUCAGAGAUGUUAUCAGUAAAUGCAGUGAAUGUGGCCAUCUGGAUGAUGUGGACCUGCAGGCGUGUGGAGCUGUGAUUCUGCAGCAGUUACCCCUGCUGUGCAGUAAUCUGCCUCAGGGAUGCUUACUAUCUAGUGAUCUAAUCAACACUCACUGGUCAUCAGCUUCUAAGCCAGACCAGAUCAGAUCGUAUCUCUCAGGUGAAGUUGCUUCGCUGUGGGAUCGCUGUUUCAAACACAUGCUUCAUCUCCAGCAGAAGGAAGUUCUGAGCACAGAUUUCACAGUUCAGAUCUUUACUCCACUGCUGGUGCUCAACAACGCCACCUACACUGACAAGGCAAGAGAGCUGCUAAAGAGGCUGCUGACCUACGAAUCUGAUACCCAUCAGCCGUCACAGAGCGAAGAGAUGUCUUCUUACAGCUUGCCCUCACUUCUGGACGACAGCGUGGAAAUCAAACCCGCCAGGCCUUUGGAAAGAUUUUCUCAAACCAGUGAAAUGCAAGAAAUUCAAAGUGCUGAAGAGGACAGUGCCGACCAAAGCCCAGUGGAAAGUAUUCCUAUUAGAGAGACCAAAGCGUAUCAGCUGCUUAAACAAUCUGUGACACAAGAGAGACGCUGGAGUGACCCGGAGGAAGAGGAUUCAGAUUCAUCAGACAUCAACAAAUUGGAAAGGGCCGAGGCGCUCGGGGAUUCUAUAACACAAAAUAGCCGGAAGAAUACAAAGAGUAAAGUCCAUGUUUUCUCUGCUGUCCAGUCAAAGGCAUUUUGGGGAGAAUCAGACGACAGCAAUUCUGAGAUUGAAAUGGCUUUACGUCCUCAAUCUCGUAAAAGCAGCACCAAUGACUUUGAUGAUUUUUAUGAUUGAUGCCAUUCAGCUGAGCGUUUUUCUUCAUUGAGCAGUUAAUACGUUUGAAAGCGAUGCCUUCAUACGAUUGAAAAACAAACAAAAAUCUUCAGCAAGGAACGAGUGCGACAUUUGGUGAAAACAAAUAAGAGCGAGCCUCUUUAUUGUGGCCAAAGACUGUGAAGGGUUUUCAAAACAUGUCGGUGUUAACCCUGCUUGAAUCUCUUUAGCUGAACAACACUUGGACCUGGUUGAAAUAGAUUAAACUUGGUUUUUAAAGUGAUUCCUUUGCACUGUGUUGAAUAUUACGCAUUUCAGAUGCUGCAGGUAUUUGGCGGUGAGCUGGAGUGGAAUGCUCUGAGUCAACUUCUAUGAAAAGCCAGUGCACAAUGGCCACUCCGCAUGCUGCUGAAACACCUUUGAACUCGCUCAAGUACCUGUGGUCCAUUUAGGAGGACAAAAUGCGUUGUGCUCAUCUCAAUGUAGAAACAAAUGCUCUGCGUACUUGCGGUGGCAUGAAAAAAAAACGUUUUCGCCAGGUGAACGCAAAACAACGUUAUGUGGCGAACUACAUAUUGACUUCACAAAUCAUCUAAUGCGAUGCACAAUUUGUCAUUGUCAGGUUUCAUGACCUUGAUGCGUUUGACUGCUUCUUGGCCGUUUUCGAGUUCAGAUAAACAUUUGGGCUAUUGUAUAAAAAUAAAAAAAUGCCUUUUAACUUUUUUAAUAUGCCGCUUUGUUAUUAUUACUGUUAUAUUUGAAAUCCCUUAGUUAAAAUUAUGUAUAAUUACGAAAAGAGCACUGAUCAACCACAUCAAUAUCAUUACAGUAAUAACGGUUAUUUUGCUGAAAUAGCCGUAAUAACAACCGCAGCCGUUUUUCUAAUGGACCUGAAAAUAACAUUACAAACUCAAAUUGCUGUACAUUGAUAUCCAGAACUGUUUUCCCAUCAAUGAUCUACAUCACCUGUGACUUGUAUGCAGCAGGGGUUUCUCAUUUUGCCUGUGACUCCAAGUUCAUUCGUUUUUUUAUCGUUGUACUGGUAUAUUUAUCAUGCACAAAGGCACUAUAUCCUGUAAUGAUACAAAAUCUGCAGCAUCCCAGACAUCGGUAGGAGUCCAUUAGUUAGCUUUUAGAUAACUUUAUGGAGUCGAUCCAGCUAAAGUAGACUUUUACACUCAUUAGUCGUAAUGGCUGGGCCAGCCUUGACCCGUAAGCGCCAAAACGUGCCUGCAUAAUUUGACAAAUGCUAAAAAGCUCCCCUUAUAUAAUAUCUGUGUUAAGGAUCAUGUCAACAGAUACUUGUGUGACAGAAAAGCAACACGAUAAACACUGUCUAAGACCGUCCACUGUCUGGAUUGUAUGGGUUUGUGCUCUUAUUCAAAGACAGAAAUAUAAAAUGAAGAGGAAGACUUAAAAUUUUGUACAAAUACUGAAUAACAUUACCAAUAGACCAAUUUCGUGUUUGCAAACAGAGAUGACGUUUUUUGUGGGCGGAGCCAAACUGGUUGCAGAAAGUGACUGCUCCGCAGUAGGGUUGUGAAGUGUUUUAGCAUUAAACCGUGAUUUUUAUGGAUCCGGUGUUCUGUCGAAGUCUGAUUCCUUUAUGUUUCCCUUUAGUGCAAUGUUUCUUAUAGCAUUUUAAUCACAUUACGUUAAUUUUUUAGAUAGAUCAAAAGUUUAAAUGGCUUGGCUACUGAUAUGCAUGUAUGUAAUGUAUAUGUAUUGUUCUUUUUUGCUAAAUCAAAUAUUUUUACAGUCUGAAUCGCUAAAGUACAUGUAAAAGCAAUACUAUCAUGUAUUAUAUAUAAUAGCGUUUAUUAAAUAUUUCAUAAUUUUACAGUUUUUAUUAUUUCUUCCUUAAUAAAUUAUAAUUGUAACAUGAUAAAAACGCUAUAAGAAACACAUGGAGGGAACAGACUUCCACAGAACACCGGACAUCUUCUCUACUUAUUUUCUAUUCUAAUUAUUAAAAGAUUUCCAGAUGAUUUCCUCGCUCCAUUCUGUCCGUUUAAGGGCUUAUUGUAAUCAUAAACACCUACGUUUAUCUUCAAAUGAUGUAUUUGACGAUGGUAUUCUAUAAAAAUGAAAGCCAUCUUUUUUGGCAUUCUUAUUCUGACACUUAACAGCACAACCGGACAUUUUCCAGUAAGUUAUCUUGCUCUUUUCACUCGUGUCUAAUUCAUUUCCACCGUUUUUCUGCAACCGCAUUGCGCGCGCAGCUUGCAGUGACGUAACUGUGACGUCUACUCUAAAUUGGUCUAUAGCCCACAAGCAAAUUUGAAAAUAUCCAUGUCUAUAUCGCUAUAAGUGUUCUUGGCGGUCUCAGCAAGAAAACUUUUUUUAGUUAAAGUCGCCAUGAUAUGGAAGUAGUGAUUGUCUUAUUUUCCCCAUGGUAACAUGUCCGCGUGAAACGGCUUCUGAAAUGAAUAAAGGUAGGGCUGGACUUGAAUUCGUUAAUCAAGAACUGAUUGGAUCAUUUAAAGUUGGGUCAUUUUGCUAUUUGUUAAUGGCUGCGAUCUUUUCUCAGACUCCGCCCACCUGCCAUACCAUAUGACCGGAAGUAAAGAGCAAUCGUUUCGAGGAGGGGAGGAGAUUUGCGUUUUUGAUUAAAGAUUAUGAGGGCACAUGAAAGUUUUUAAAAAUAGUAAAGCUCACAGAUAAAUUAUUUGUAAAAAUAUUUGUAUUUUUGCUUGCUUGUUUUCUCGUGAUCACGACGAGAUCAACAAAAGUUGUUUUCCUGACAUGAUAAUCCAAAUGUCAUAAUGUAAUUUCCUGUCCAUAAUAUUUUGUGUAUUCGCCGUUACCACAAAUGUAGCUAAUUGCAGAUAAACUCAAUAAAUAAAUAAAGUUGGACGGUUUGAUGUUAAUUUAGGGACCAUCUGUAAUGUAACAAUGUACACGGUUCUAUUUUCAAUAGUAUUCAACAGUUUAUGUGAAUAAAUAUAAUAUAAAAUCUCGUUUGUUCAUCCAUGCUAAUUUAGCAAAAUAUGCUUUUGCUGUAAACAAACAAAACAAUGGGUUCUAUCGAGUACACGUAAGCUUUAAUCACAUCACAAGAAUACAACUUUUGUUAUGUCGAGAUGACGAGAAAACAACUUUGGUUAUCUCGAGAUAGCGAGAAACUAAGGGCCGAUUCACACCGGCUGCGUGGCGUGUCUGUUGCGAUUCUUUCGCAUAACAGCUGCGUGGCGUUUCUAUGCCCUUGCUUACCAGAAGUGUUUCUGACGCGGUGCUGCCCUGCUAGCCUAUUCUGUAUGCAUGUGUGUUUCCUAUUGAUAAACUGACCUGACGCUUACAAGACGCUUGCGUGUGGCGUGAAAAAUAGGCUUCGGUCCUAUUACUAGCAUGCACGCGUUUCUGACACGCCACGCAGCUGAGACGCUCACGCAUCCGGUGUGAAUCGGCUCUAAGUCUUGAUCACGAGAAAACAAGCAAGCAAAAAUAAAUACAGUGCACGACCUCUCGGCUUCCGUACAAUAUUCCAAAACAAAUUACAGUUUUUCAUUUCAUUGCGACUUUAAACAAGUCUAAUUGAAUGUAAUUGUUUGUUUUUGAUUUCAAAUACAAAAACUUGAUAUACCGCCCAGCCCUAUUGCAGGGUCUUACUGCUGUAAUGGUAUAUUUAGUAUGUUUAAGUUGUAUGAUUUUAUAUAAAAAAGCUAACGUUUUACAAUAAGGUUGUAUUAGUAAAUAUGAGUAAAUGCAUUAACUAUCAUAAACAAUAUAGUUUUUCAUGUCAAUACAGUUACUCACUGUUACCCCCAAUUUUCACCGACUGCGGAAAGGCUGCGGAUCCGCUGCGGUACGGCGGCGGAGUCAAUCGGUUUUCAUUCUAGUCUAUGUGUGUAUUUCCACUGAUUGCGUUCCGAAUCCGUCACAGCUCCGGCCAUCCGCAGCCCUCCGGCACGAAUACGCAGAGCUUCCAUUUUUGACGGAUGCCGGACAGCUCCGCAGGGCAGAGCCAUGACUUUAUCGCGUGGUUAUACCUGAAUUCGCGAGAUCUCGUGUUGUGAUCUGGGCUGGUAAUAUCCAAAAAUGUCUUCUAUUGAAACUACUGUUAACUUUUUUUAUUUGAUAUGCUAAAUUCUUCAUCCAUAAACAAAAAUGGCUUAAAUCCCAUCUGUAAUAAGAUUGAUUGUCUCAUCUCUAAGACAUAGAUAAAAAACAAUUUAUGCUAUUUUUUGAAAUGUUAUGAUGAUUUAUUUAAAGAUGUGGCUUAAAUGAUGCACUUUUUCUUACCCAUGUAUAGAAUUUAUGACGGUAUACCUUAACCUCAUGC